AUGACCGAAACAAAGGUGCAGCUGACUAGAGGUCACGACCUUCCCCCCCAAAAGUCGGGCACUGAAGCCAACGCCGGUGUCGACAUGUCCAAUAUAAACGCCAUGGUACCCAAGCAAGGGGCAGAGUUGACUGUCAAGAAGUUUAAUAUAGAGUGGAAGUUUCCGCCACUGCCCCAUCUGCAGCGUGCCUGCACUGAGGAAGCUGGCCUGGCAGGCAUCGAGACUUGGUUCCUGUCGUUUAUACAACUCAACUAUCAUGGCUGGCGCGUAUUGUCAUCUCACGAAAGCUUCCUGCUCGAGGCUUUCGGUAUCACAAUGAAUCGCUGGCCUUCGGAUGAGUGGGACGGCCGGCCCUCUAAAAGUCGGUUUAGGGAGAUUCUGCGGGCCUUCUCCAGUAGGGAAGGCUCAAGCGAGAGGGUGAAGGAAAUUUUGAGGCAAGGGCUCAAUACACCAAAUCACCCAAUCCUCAGCAUCCCAUACCCCGAGGCUCAGAACCCUGAGCCGACCAUGCCUGUCAGGGAGGUCGACGAAUUACGCAUGUACUUUCCCGGUGUGCCCGAAGACGCGACAUUCUGCAUAUCGUGUUCAUCUUACGGACACCGAGCGAAACAAUGCCCAGCGAAAACAUGCAAAUUUUGCGGUGACAAGAGCGAGAACCAUCUCACUCUUGGCUGUCCCAAAUAUAGAAUAUGCCAACAACAUCAGCAGCCUGGGAAUGACACAGCCGUGGGGGUGGAUCGGGUGCCUGCAGACGGCAAGUCGGCGACGGAGCCCGAACCAAAAAUCAGCUGUGCAAUGUGCGGCUCCUGGGGCCAUUCCAUGGACAAAUGCUCCCAGAUUUGGUGCACGUAUCUUCCAUGUCCGAACAAAGCACGCAAGGUCAGAGAGCUGCCCGUCUUUUGUUAUUACUGUGGCGAAGCUGCCCAUUUCGGCGCAGAUUGUGUGCUCAACUAUGGAGAGCACUUGUCUGGCCGUCAGUAUUCCCUGCAGGAUGACAUGUGGUCUUCCAAAUACAGCGCUCUGUUCAUUGACGAAACGAGCCCUAAUUUUCCGAUUGUCACACUAGAUGCAAUGGGGGCGGAGGUUGUUUCUGCAGGCCAGGAGGAGACAGAUGCGGCAUCUCGACAACCAACUCCUUGUCCGAAGAAGAAACGCAGCAAAAAGGAUAUCGAUAGCAACGGUCAGGAUAGAAAGAACCAGAAGGCGGCACAGCCCAAGACACAGACCCAACCUAAAAAGAAGACGAAGACGGGACCACCUGGACCACCAAAACCGUCGGACAAGGAGAAGCAAGCCCAGCCUCAAUCCCAGCCUCAGUCUUUGCCUCAUCCGCAACCUCAAUCUCGACCUCAAACCCAAACCCAGUCCCAGACCCAAGCCAAGGAGAAGAGGAAGAAGCCCAGGGCGAAGAAACACGAGCGACAGGCAGUAGCAACUAUCGAAAAAUAG